UCUACCCCCCCAUCUCUUAGUCAUUUCCUUGGUUCGGGAGCGAGUUGACUGUUCCGACACCGUUGGCACUCACGGGCUGGGUCACAGCGACUGGCUGAUAGGGGCAGGGAAAAUAGUCUACAUAAAUACAUUCCUAAAUGUCAUGAAAAUCCUCCGUUUGACUUUCUCUCAAGAAAAACCGACGCACUGACAUCCUAAAUAAGGAGAAAAAUCUCAGACCAUCCAACUGGAGUUGGAGAUUAUAGAUUCCUUUUUGAACUGAAGGUGUGUGUGUGUAUAGUCCCGUGAUGUUGGCCCACUCCUCUCUCCUGUUGCUGCUGUGUCUUGCCCGGCUGCCCGCCCCAUCGUCGGCCCUGCCCUUUGAGCAGAGGGGAUUCUGGGACUUUGCGAUGGACAGUGAUGUGGGAGGGAUGACGUCGAUGAUGAGAGAUGAAGAGGAAGGCUCAGCAAUAGAGGAGCUGCCCCCUCCUGAACUGCCCUCAUGCCCCUUUGGGUGCCAGUGCCAACGCAGAGUGGUGCAAUGCUCCGAUCUGGGUUUGACUGAGGUGCCUAAGGGCAUUCCCGCUGACACCAAACUCUUGGACCUGCAGAACAACCGCAUCACUGAGCUGAAGGAGAACGACUUCAAAGGCCUCAGCAACCUCUACGCCCUGUCCCUGGUGAAUAAUAAGAUCAGUAAGGUCCACCCCAAGGCCUUUGUUCCUCUGAAACACAUGCAGAAGCUGUACUUCUCCAGAAACCUCCUGACUGGCGUCCCCAAGAAUCUGCCCCCCUCUCUGGUGGAGCUGAGGAUCCACGAGAACCGCAUAAAGAAGGUCCAAGAGGGGGCCUUCUCUGGACUGGGCAGCAUGAACUGCAUAGAGCUGGGAGGGAACCCGAUCCAGAACAGUGGGUUUGAGCCAGGAGCCUUCAAGGGACUGAAACUGAGCUACCUGCGCAUCUCUGAGGCUCAACUCACUGGAGUACCCAAGGACCUGCCAGACAGUCUCCAUGAGCUCCAUCUGGACCACAACCAGAUACAGGCCAUCGAGCUGGAGGACCUGAGCCGCUACAAACACUUGUACAGGUUGGGCCUGGGUUUUAACCACAUCCGUAUGAUAGAGAAUGGCAGUCUAGCGUACGUCCCCCGCCUGAGAGAGUUGCACCUGGAGAACAACAGACUCACAGCAAUCCCCAAGGGUCUGCCUGACAUGAAGUACCUACAGGUUGUGUACCUCCAUUCCAACAGCAUCAGCCAGGUGGGAGUGGAUGACUUCUGCCCAAGAGGCUUUGGGAUGAAGAGGACGUUCUAUAACGGCAUUAGCCUUUAUUCUAACCCAGUCAACUACUGGGAGGUCCAACCCGCUGCCUUCCGCUGUGUCAGUGACCGUCUGGCCAUCCAGUUUGGCAACUACAAGAAAUAAGCACAGGGAGAGAGAUAGAGAGGAUGGAAGGAGAGAGAGAGGAGGAGUGGAGCAAAGAGGAGUGAGAGAAGAGGAGUGGGGAGAGGAAGAGGUUGAGGAGAGAAGGAGACAGAGACCAGAAUUGGGGAAAGGAGAUUAGUCAAAUUGCCCUGACCAAAUUUAAAUCUGUAUACGAGAGAGAACGAGAGAUGGUGAGGACAGAUGAGAGAAGAGAAACCAUAGAGAUCCUGUAUUCUAAUUCCUGAUUCUAACCAUAGAGAUUCUGUAUUCUAAUUCCUGAUUCUAACCAUAGAGAUCCUGUAUUCUAAUUCCUGAUUCUAACCAUAGAGAUCCUGUAUUCUAAUUCCUGAUUAUAUGAGAGAAACAAACAGUGUGAGGGGAAGGGAAAGGGAAGGAUGUACUUGCCCAAUCCACAUUUCCAUAUCUGACUUUUUUUAAACCAUGCUUUUAAUAAUCAGGUAUUAAAGCCUGAAAACAGGGUCAAUAUAAAUAAAUAAAUACUAUUGUGUUUGUGUCAAAUUAAUCAGUCCUCAGAAAUAUCUUUUUUUGAGGAUGGUUUUUUUCCCAACCAAAUUUCAAAGAUGAGAUAUAUGAUAUGGAAAUAUUUUGAAGCAUUCCCUUCCAUAUUGUUUUUUUUUACAAGAUAGCUUUUUUUUAAUUAUUAUUACAGUUUUUGUAUUAUUAUAAUUUUGGUGAAGAUACAUUACAGGUAAAACAUAGAAAAGCAAUGCCUGCAUAUAGAUUAUCAUAUAAGAGGUGCUCUUUUUACGUAUGUUUGUUGUGUCUAUUUGGGAGUCACAUUUGAACGUUCCUUCUAUUGCUAACAUCAGACCUAUCAGGGGCUAACUUGGACACCUUAAUCAAUUUGUACUGUAUGUCAUAAGCAAACCCAACCUAUGGAAAGAAAAUGAUUAAGGUUGGAGUCAAUUCCACUAUUUCAAAUCAGAUUCCAAAAUGUAAGUUACAACGUCAAUUCCAAUACAUCACAAAUCCAAACAAAAACAUAUAUUUUUGAUUCUUUUGAUUUGAUACCGCUGAAUUACCAUCACAAGUGGAACUGACCUCAACCUGGAGACAUCAGUGUCCAUCAGGCAGGCUACUCCCCAGGGGAAACUGCCCUGAGUCCGAUUCUUCCCAGGCACCAUUUUGUGUCCAUCCCACUUCAGCAUCCAGUCUUCUGACUCUAUACUGUGACAGUGCAAUAAGGGGUGAACAGCCAGAGCGGGACUUAAACCAGCGACCCUGCAACACACCACCACCUGUGCCAUGCAAGUCCAGACCCCUUGGCAGAGGCUGCAGCCAGGGAGGCUACAACAGCAGUGUUAGGUGGAUUGUUUUGCACAGUGUCUCUGUAAUGCUUUCUCUGCUGGGUUUCCUCUGGGUGUUUAGUCUGUGUAAAUGAUAAAUGGAGUUGCCUUAGUUCUUAAUGCCUUUUCUGUACUCUGCCAAGCUGCCGCUGCAUGUGAGAAUAAAUAUAUUUUCAGCCUGA